CCCCCGUGCGCCCAGCACACGCCUGACGUCGUUUAACCACAGCAGCGAGUUAGGAGGAGCCGUCGUCGCACAGCCGCCGCGCCGCACCAGCCUCUGUCACACUGCAGGCGAGAGAGAGAGAGAGUGCGAAAAAGAGCGAGCUGCUGUCGGCCUCCGCAGGCUGGUGGUGUUCAAGGAAACUUCACCGCCGGUUUUUGGUGGGCGAGAGAAGAGAGAGACAGAGAGAGAGAGAGAGAAAAAAAGGCCGAGAUAUAACAUGUGGUCUUGAAGAGCGCGCGUCCGUUGAAUUGAGAACUUUGGGCAAGAUUUUAACGACGACGGUCUUUACCACUGGGGGCGAGUUUAAACCCGCUCGUUUUGGUCGCGUCAACAUUGGCGAGUCGUGCUCGCUUGGGCCCGAAGCUUCGCAGGUGUUGUUACGUUCUGGCUGACGCUGGCGCACCGGCGUGUCGGAAUCAAGCUUUCUUGGCAGUGGCGCAUUUACUGUUGCCAUCCAAACGUCACGGACGGGAGCAUCGCCAGCACAAGUGAAGCGGCUGGGGACCAUGCUGCUGCCUUGACUUUUGGAUGAGGACCACGACGACGAAAGGGCAAUAAGCAACUUAAAAUCAUGAGGCACAAAUGCUACACUGAGACGGAGAAAGACGCGGCUCUCAGACUUUCCCAGGAGCGAGCUGAGAUCAUCGAAAAGUAUGACCGGGGCCGAGAUGAAGGUGCGCAGAUUGACCCGUGGGAAGAUUCGGAUUUCCGCCUCUACAAGGUCACAGAUCGUUUUGGCUUCCUGCAUGAAGAAGAACUUCCAAUUCCAGAUGCGGAAGAAGGGAAGAUCAAAGCGACGGAGGUGGAGAGGGUCGCCAAGUGGCUGAAGAUGGUCAAGAGCUGGGAUAAAUACAAGAACACCGAAAAGAUGGCACGCCGCGUGUACAAGGGACUUCCGCUGCAGCUGCGUGGGGAGAUCUGGUCGCUGCUGCUGGAGCUGUCGUCGCUCAAGGAGGAAUUUUCCGGCCUCUACGAGCAAAUGAAGCAGCGAGCGCGCUUGGCGUCCCCCGACGUGCGCCAGAUCGACCUGGACGUGAACCGCACCUUCCGCAACCACAUCAUGUUCCGCAACCGCUACGGGGUCAAGCAACAAGCCCUGUUCCAUGUGCUGGCUGCGUACUCCAUGUACAACACGGAGGUGGGCUACUGCCAGGGCAUGAGCCAGAUCGCUGCGCUCCUUCUCAUGUACCUUAAUGAAGAGGAUGCAUUCUGGGCACUCGUGCGCUUGCUGUCCGACAAUAAACACGCCAUGCACGGAUUCUUUGUGCCGGGCUUCCCCAAGCUGAUGCGCUUCCAAGAGCACCACGACCUCAUCAUGAAGAGGUUACUCCCCAAGAUGAAGAAGCACCUGGAUAGCCAGGAGAUCUUCACCAACCUCUACACAACAAAGUGGUUCUUCCAGUGCUUCCUCGACCGGACCCCGUUCACGCUCACGCUGCGGCUGUGGGACAUCUACAUGCUGGACGGAGAGCGGCUGCUCAUCGCGAUGGCCUACACCACGCUGAAGCUGCACAAGAAGCGGCUGAUGAAGAUGGAGAUGGAGGGCCUCGUGGGCUUCCUGCAGCAGUCGCUGGCCGAGGACUUCCUCUACGAGGACCACUUUGUCAUCGACCAGCUGCACAACAACAUGGCCGAGCUCCGGCGCAAUAAACUCCUCCAGCCGCCCCCAGGCAAACAGGAUGAAUUCCCCCAGCGUCCGUUUGGGCAAAUGCCACCUGACAGCCUCACCAUCCUCGAGGCAAAUGGCGCCGCUAAUGGACAGAACAGACAGCAGCAGCUGACACCAACAAAGGCUGCAACGAUCACAGCGCCAGGGCCGGCACGCACUCCGUCCCCGCAGGGGAACGGAAAACGACCGGCGCUCUUGCCUCCGCGGAGACUCGAUGGGAACGUGAGAAGUGUGACCACAGGAGCUGAGAACCCAGCAGCAGUAGCGGCAGUGGCGUCAACAGCACCACCAACAGCAGCAGCAGCAGCAGCAUCGGGUGCGAUGGAGAGACCAGCGACAGAAACGCAUGCACCGAAGCUUCCGAGAGAAGCAAACUCAAACCAGAACGCCGCUCCUGGUCCUCGCGUAAAUAGAGACGAAGGGGGGGCGGCGGCGCUGGCAGCCACUCCCAAGUGGAGGAAACCAGCAGCGGAGGCUGUCGCAACAACGUCGACAAAAAUAACAUCGUUGGUGGUGCCGGUGGGAGGAGGAGGAGGAGGCCCGGUCCGACCCGGCACCGUGAUGCGCAUGGACAGCGUGGGCCGCAGCGCCUCCCAGCACUCGCUAUACGACAACGUGUCGUCCGAGCGCGAGACUGACGGCCCGGUGGCCGCGUGGGGCCUCCGAGAUGACCGCUUUCUCACGAGCCCCAGCAGCAGCAGCGGCAGCGCCGUCACCAACGGCGAGAUGCUCGCUCGGCCGCAGCGCCUGCCGGUUGUGCCGCCCCCCCAUGUGUACGGGAGCACAGACUACAUCGCUUCUCCGCCACCGGAAACUCGGCAUCAGCGGCAGCGGCACCAGCAGCAGAAGCAGGGAGCGCCGUCGCAAUCAAUGAGCCGCUCGGCCUACUCUAGCCCUGCACGGUCACCGUACGGAGCCUGGACGGACACGGUUCCGGUGUCGGCGAGUUACCACGGGCCGCCGGUGGCCGGCGCCGUGACCCCCAACGGCAGCGGCGGCGCGCACCUCCUCGCGCCGGACGGCUCCUUCGACCGUGCCGACGGAGUGGCUUGGGCUGCGGCGGCGGCGGCGGCGGCGGCGGCGGCGGCGCCCGCAGCCGGGCACAGCGCCAGCGCGGACGGGGGUCUGGACGAGGGACGGCACGCGCGGGGGGGCGGCUGGGCCGUGACGCGCGGCAAAGUCGUGGCUCCCGCGCCCCGGCACUGGGCGACGGCGCCCGCGCCCGUGCACGCGUCGAGCGAGGGCGAGCUGCUGCUCUGGCCUGACGGGCAGCAGCGCUGCGUGAGGCAGGCGGAGCUGGUGCGGAACGCGGCGGCGGCGGCGGUGUCGGUCGGGCCCGAGCGCCAGCGGUCGCCGGGACACGCGCGAUACCCGCCCUUCACCGCCGACGACAUCAGGGAGACGGCGGUGCUCUGAGCAGCGGUGGCGGCGCCCCUGGUGACUCCCGUCCCGCGCUGCUCCUGGAUUUUAUAGUCGAGGUUGGGGUGGGGUUGGCCAACUUGGACGUUGGGAAUGGAAUGCGGCAGGAGGGGGCGGGGGGGGCCGGGCAUUGUGGGUGUAAUUCGGAAGAGGAGGUUUUGAUGGCGGAGGGUAGACGUCGGGGGCUACCGAGCCGGAUGGUGGCAAUGAGACUGUCGGAGCUUGGAGGCCGUGCACUGACUGUGCAGCAACUGCAGGAUCUGGCUUAAGGAAGGAGGCGAUGUUGAAUGGGUGGCACCAUCAAAUGGCAUCCCCACAUCUUCAUAUGGCUUACGUUUUUAUUGCUCGACCCCACCGGUGGGUGUAUUUUUUUUAGCUGACAAAAGAAAUUUGACUUGCGUUGGGUUCAGCACCACGUUUUUUUUUGUAUCUCGACACAGAGAUGAGCUUUAAUCGGCAUCGUCUCUGCGAGCCGAGCGAUUUUACAAGCGUGUAGCUCGCGAAUUUCGAAUAACGGAUCGAGAGAGCCAUCGUACACCGACUUAUCGGACCUCUGACUACUCGAAUAAUUUUUACGCUUUCGUUUUAUUUUUUCAUUUUGGAUUUGUUUUGUAAUUGUCGUUGAAACGGCUGUAAAUAGUGCGAUGUGCGGUCAGGUGUUUAGCGAUUCUAACUGUUACACAAGAACGUUACGACAACCAGCAUCUCCUCAGGAAAAUCUCACCCAUUGUUUGAUCUGAUCAUGUCCUCCCAUGUAAAAUUGUUACCAGAGUUUAUUUUUUAUUUUUAAGUACUUUUUUUUAUUGCUGUGCUGCAUAUUACUUCACGAGGUUCCCGUCGCUCUCUCUCCAUCUAGGCUAUCGGCGUACACGCGUGGGUUUUAUCCAGGUGCUCCAGUUUCCUCCCACGUGUCCAUUGGCUGAAAACAUCUUAGUAUAUGGAGGACCGCAGAGAUAUGGCAAUUGUUGGUAUCACCGGCUCACUGCCUGACUGCUGCCUUCCAGCUUGUCUAUGGUUCCUCAGCGAAAUUUAAGAUGCAAUCGGCAUGAACGACGCAAUAUUUUUAUAUUUAAAAGAAUCUAAAUGUUUAUACAUUUCAUUUCAGCUUCAUUAAUAGGCAUGUAAAAUGAUUAUUAGCCAACCGUGCUAACGUCCGAUUAGAACAGUUAGCUACGUACGGUGCGAAAGAAGUUCAACAUACACAAAUUCAUACUGAACUCAACCCCCAUGUGAUGAUGGAUGAAUUGAUUAUAAUCAAUUCAGGAUCAUGUGCCAAUAUUCCAUAUUUGUCUUGUUCGUCUUCUAUCAUUCAUCUUGUCAGUUCUCUCUCUUGUUAUUGUCUUAUUUUAUCUGUGAUCUUAAAGAUAACAGUUGCUUGUUGUUUUAAUGUAAUUUUCAUAAACCUUACAUAAUCCGAAGGCACGUAAUUUGAUACGUGCAUUGAUGAAUGGAGGAUUUCAUGCCUCUUGAAGACAAUAGCCAUGCUUGUAUAGAUCUCGAAAUGUAAGCUCUGUUCUUAACUCUCAUUUUACUUCUCUCUCAUUGUUCACGGUUACAAUUGGGACAUUUUUUGUAUUCAUUCGUUUAUUCGGCGAAAACGGCAACAAUGUUUUUUUGUCAGUUUCAGGCUUCGUUUUUUAUCUAACCAAGCAAAAGUCCAUUAACAAAUAUCGAUUGAUGAAUUUCGACCCAACAAUUUCAUUUUGUUACCGGAUACCUUUUUUCGUAGACACGUGGUCAGUUUUGGCCGGUCAUGAUUGGGUCGGUCUUUCACAAUUCAGGCUAAAAAAGGCAACUUGCGAUCGCUAAAGCAGAGAGGCAGGCUCCGUGGCACGAGCUGUGCUCUAUUCACAGCGCUUCCCAAUCUGACGCGGCCACGGGUGCAAUGUAUCCACUCCGGUCGGUGCGAGAUCGAUGCGCGUGAUUUCUUGUUGUGCUUCCGUCAACAUUUGCACGGGGUCCACAUCGUCCAGAGUUCCACACGAGUGAAAUGCCAGUCAGUUAGCAAGGUAGUGUUUCACACCAGUGCAAAGAACCGACAGUUCUUAGGCUUAUUUUCACACGGCCCGCAGCCACAUGAGGACUACACGUGUAAACGGCUUGCGAACGAUAUUCAUCCCAUCAACGCAAGCAUCUUAGCCACACGAAUUGGGUACUAGAUGGGAAUAGUUUCAACCUGGCAUCACUGCGUUUGUAAUUUUUUUUACACGCUCAGUCACUUCUGUCGAUUGCAUGGGCCUCUUGGAGUGAAAGCUGUGGACUACUGAGAGGUGCCAAUGUGUGACCCGCCAAUAAGGUAUUUGAAAAGCUCUAUUUAUGUGGCCGUUAUUAAGGAAAAGGUACCUCACCCCUGUACUUGAGGGAGACACCGUUGAGAUGACGGCAGCGGUCUGUUUUUCUGCUGUUCGGCGAGCGGGAGGCGUGGGAUCGUGUUACGCUCAGGCAGUAUGGCGUGAGUGCGGUUUUAUCGGAACUAUUUUUUUAAACAUCGCUUGAUUCGUUUCACGUCUGCCUGUUUAGAGUAAUUAAAUUGAUAAACACUCCGCUGGGAGACGCAUGCACCCGUUGCAUUUGGUGACCGUUCAGGACUGGAAUAUGCAGCAAAUGCAUGAGGAGCAAUGGGGGGGGCGUGGAUGGAUGAUUGGAGGGUGUGAGCUCCGGCAGCAAAAGUUGCGUCGAAGCCAAAGUCUCGCCACUAAACGAGCGUUGGGGCGACGAUCGCCACCGGUGGUGUCCCCUGAGCCAGCGGCGGAAACUCCACACUCCCAUGGUGGAGGGGGCGCCAUUCUCUUUGCCGAGUGCCCACGAAUCACUGUUCACAAACUGGUUCUCACUUUUGUGGACGCCAGAAAGAUGAUGAGUUGAGUUGCUCCCCCCCCCCAACCGGCCAGAUGUUGAACUCGCAUUAUUUGGAUUGCGAGUCGAAUGCUCUAACCACAGCAUCGCUCAGCCAAGUCGGCGUGAAUAAUACUUGGACUUAGACUUGUUGCGACACACCGUGAAAGGUUUGAACGCCACAAUCCUUUGGCAAUAAGAGGGCAUGGGUACUUGAAGAGCACUGCUAAGUUUGUGCUAUAUGCAGCUCGGUAACAGGUUGGUAAUGUGUUCUCAUUGGGGGCCACCUUUGUAAAUGGGGAGGCAUUGAGCAAUGCUGGCAUUGCAAGUGCACUGUCACUCUCAUGACAAAAUGAAUCUUGUAUCACAAUUAUAUCAUUGCAAUCAUGGAUUCGACAUGAGUGGAAAAUAAUUUCCGUGCUGUUGAUCGCGUUUAAAGGUGCGAGUUUUGUUGCUAGCUAAGGGUAUAUUUGUGCACAUUUAAUUAGAAAUCUUUUUUUUUAUUCUCAGCGUUUUGUUAUUUUAUUUUCUGAGUUCGAAAUGAUGUGUUGCUAAAAAUGAAGGCACUUGAUUUGUGGGUGCUCACGUGCGUCUGUCGGUGAGCACAAGGCAGAGCAGUGGUUUGAUUCGAUUGGCAGCUCAAAACUAACAAAUCCCAUCGCAGUGCAGACAAGUCCGGUAACAGUUUCUUAACUCGAGCACUUGGGCGGUCGUCAUCUUCGUUGGCAGUGUCUGAGCCACCGGUGGAAAUUCCCCCCCCCCCAUUUCCUCCAUUGUAUGGGCCGAUGUUGAAUUCCCACUGAAGUGGCACCACGGAUGGCUGAUUGUCCGAGUCAUCCC